AUGCAAUUGGUGAUAAUAGGUACUUGCCUUGCUGUUGUUGCUUUUGCAUCAGUGGUAGUGAUCAUUUACAGAGAAAAAUCUCGGAGAUGUAAAGUUGAACGUGAUUGGGAAAUGUCAAGCGACUAUAGUCAAGAAAACCAAGAUAAUGGAAAUGGUAAUGGCAAAGAAAUGGUUUUAAAUAACUCCAGUAGACAUAACGUUGAUGGCAAUGAUUUAGCACCACAAGCAAACAAAGAAGGAAGGCACAUUGCUGUGGUCCGUCCACAUAUUGAAUCAAAUAGCAAAGACUGCAAAGAAGUUGAAAACUUAGAUGACAUAUUACAACAUAGAACAAGGGAAAGUUUUCAGGUUGCUGGAGACUCCGAGAAUACACAAGCUGUUAAUGCUGCAGAAAACUCAGAAAACAAACACCAAAAUAACCAGUUGUGUCAAAGAACAAAGAACGAAUCAUUAUCUCCCAGGGAUUUAGUUGCCCCUGAAUUUGAAAUAGACUGGACAAGAAUUUUCUUACAACUAUCAAGAUCGUUUUCUCCAACACGCUGGAAAUUAUUUGCAUAUCAAUUACUCAGCAAUUGUCAGGAGAUGGCUAGAAGCGUUCAUGAUACAGUUGAUGAAAUAGAGCUAGAAGCAAAUCAUACAGAGGGUUGGGUCAUUCACGCUUACAUUAAAGUAUUCAAUAAAUGGCUUGACAAUGUAGGCAGGGCAAAUGCAACCUUUGGACAUAUUAAAGAUGCUGUUUCUGCGUCUAUAGAUUCAAAAGAAGCCUUAGACCAAAUACUUUCUAUCGAAAGGAAUCCGCCGAUGAAAAUAAAGGAACAACGUUAUGCUGCUGUAGUUCCGAGGAAAUUUGAGCAAACAAUUAGCAGCAAUUCUUCAUUUCAGCAUUUUAUGGCCUUGCAUAAUGAUGAAGAACCAGGCAACUCUAAUUGCGGGAGGGAAUUAUAUAUCAGAUCAAGUGAAACAAAACGUUUCCAAUUAGCCCAUUGUCCCUACUGUUCUUUGUAUACUAAAAAUGAAAUAUCCGAUCGUCAGGAAACGCUAACUUCGGUUCAAUCAAACGAAUCCUAUAGAGAGCAAAAUAAAAAACGAAAGAAAGAUCAGUCACAAACUCAGCAGCCUAAACGGCGUAUAACAGAAAAAUAUGAAAAAUAUAUCAUUGAAAAUGCAAAACAAAAUCUACAUUUAGAAUUCAUGCCAAUUCGUCAAAAUGACUAUGACAUGUACAUGAAUUUUGUUAUAGCAUGUAUAGCAAACGAAUGUCAGGUUGCGGAAAGAACAGUAUGGUCGGUCACACAAGCAGGAUUUUGUGAAGCUCAAGAAGUAAUCAAAGAAAAAGGAACGAUGUUUGUUAUAAAUGAUGAAAGGAUUAAUCUUUGUCUAAGAAAAGAAACAUUUGAAGAAUUAACUUUUUAUGGAAACAUUGCACGACCAAAACUCCUAAAAUAUCUGAAAGAAAGGAAUCCGGAAUACGAUUCUACCACUUCAGAAACGUUUAUGUUCAUAAACUUUAACGGGAUACCGUUAUUUGAACACAUGGAAGAUAAAGAUGACCAAAGUCAAAGUUACAUUGCUACACAAGAGAAAGAUACCAAGCAGCGUUUCAAACUUAACAGUCCAACGGGAUCUUCUAUCAAAACAAGCUUAUACAUGAAGGAAUCUGAUGAAAACAUAGACGACUACAAACCCAGACGGAAACAAAACUCAUCCGACCAGUCUACUGAAAGUGAGCAAAUCAAUAGAUGUUUCAGAAAAACUAGCACAUUUGAUACACAUGAAUAUAAACCUAUAGAAGAAGAAGAAGAAGGAACAUCAAAAAGCGCUACAAAUCAUGAAAAAGAAAAAAGCAACAAAGCAGAGGACGGACAAGAAAUAGUAAAAAGUCAGAUGAACGAUAUCAAAAAGAAGGAAAUCGAAUCUUCGGAAGUAGAUAUGGAAACGGAGACACAAAGCAUCACACAAUCGUUCUUCCAUAAAUUCUGUGAAAUUUCUUAACCCAUAAUAUAUUUCAGAUUCAUCAAGCUAUUUAAUUUCAAGCUUAUAUUGUUUCCUUCUGUUUU